CUGCGCGCAACUUUCUCCUACACACAAGUCGCGGUUGCCACGAAGCCCAGCGCGCACAGUGCGUACGCGGCCGUGUGUAGGAGCAUAGGACUGUUUGUUUUCUACCACCACCAUGAGUACCCUGGCCUCAGAGAGCGUGUUUUUGACCGCUUUGCAGCCCAACACCGCGGUCACCACCUAUGCGCUCCCGUCGGACCUCCAGCUCGGCGGCGGCGGCGCGUCGGCCGAGGCGGUGCGAGCGAAGCGCGUCCAGCAGCAGGUCCAGAUGCGCCUGGCGGAGAAGACGUCCACGCUCCCGCGGCAGAACGGAUCCAGCUCGUACUCCGCCAUGUCAGACUAUGGUGGUUCAUCCACAAUGAAAUACAACACUUACAACCCGGGUUUCAGCUCUAAGUCUUCCUAUAUGUACACGGGCUCCAAAACAAUGGAUCCUCGAGUGUCUAACCGAACAGACUUCAGCUCCCGGUCCUCUGGCGCUGACAUGACCCGGUUUCAAAGGAUGAGUUAUGGGAGUGGAGGUGCAGGUGGGGGUGGUGGUGGGGGUGGGGGUGGGGGUGGUUUUUACACAGAAACCAUGCAAAUGGGUGGCUACCAAGGGACCAUGAGACAGCCGAGCCGAGUGGACCACGAUGCCAUGUCGGUGCAUUCACUACGAAACGGGCCUGCGGUGAAUUCAUGGGUGAUCGAUGGCAGCGAUGCCGGCAGCUUUGUCUCCGACCGCGACCUGACAAUCAACCGCCGGUAUGCUCAGAGUGCAGUCAAUGGCUACACCACCCAGAUGAAGCAAGGAGGACACACCAUGACCCAACAGGUGCCCAUGCGGCGGGCUAUGAGUGGCACCAAUAUUUACCAAGGUGGAGCGAUGACAGGCGGAGCCACUGAAAUGAUGCAGCAGCAAGCCGCCUACAGAGGCCCCGCCCACCGCACCAUCAGCAGGCUCACAAACAGGAACCGGAUGAGCAUGGGCUCCGUGUCUGGGGGCCAGAUGUACCAAAGCGCUAUUGGAGGAGACAGAGUGGACCAAGGGUUUAUCACGUCCACACUCACUCACGGCUCCCAGGGGAACCUCUCGAUGCAGCGUCCCGGUACCCUGUCCCGAGCCAUGUCAAUAAAAAGCAUGCACAGUGUGGGCAAGGGCGGCGAUGUCUUCGGUGGGCAGAUGGAGCUCGGAUCCAGCAUGGGCAACCUCACCGGGUUCGACACCCUGGACAUGCCCACAGCGAUCCAGUACCUGAGAGAAGAAGACGCUGCGCUGCAGGUCCUGGGGGCCGCGUACAUCCAACACCAGUGUUACAACGAGAAUGACGCUAAAAAUGAGGUACGCCAGCUGGGCGGCAUACGUCUUCUGGUGGAACUCUUCAACAACAGCAACAGCCAAGAAGUGCGGCGUUAUGCCACCGGCGCCGCUCGCAACCUCAUCUACGAGAACAUGGAGAACAAGAAGGUCUUGAUCGAGGCAGGGGGCAUCACCGAGCUGGUCAAGGCGCUCAGCGACCGCGACGACGAGCUCCACAAAAACAUCACGGGUAUCCUGUGGAAUCUCUCAUCUAAAGAGGCCCUGAAGGAGAAACUUGCUUCUGAGACGCUUCCUGAGCUUACAGAGAAGAUCCUGAUCCCCGUGGCCGCCAAGGAGAAGGAGGAUGCAGAGAAGAAGAGCUCUGAGAGCUUCACUGAGUCUCCCUCCGAGGCAGAAAUCUUCUGCAACGCCACCGGAUGUCUCAGGAAUCUGAGCUCUGUGAGCGACAAGACCCGUCAGAGGAUGCGGGAGACGCGUGGACUGGUGGACUCCUUGGUGGAGUACAUCCAAGCAUCCCUAGAAAAGGGCAAGGCAGAUGAGAAGGGGGUGGAGAACGCGGUGUGUGUCCUGAGGAACCUCUCGUACCAGCUGUACUCUGAACUUCCUCCGUCUAUUGCGAUGCGCCUGGAAGGACCGACCAGGGAUGAGAACACAGAUGACGGCGGCACCAUCGGCUGCUUUACGCCUAAGAGCAGGAAAGCCAAGAAGAAGCACUGCGGAAGUAUCUUCACGUUUACUGAGGUCGCCAAGGAACCAAAGGGCGCGGAGUGGCUGUGGCACCCUAAGAUUAUUGAGUUGUACAACAAAGUGCUGAAGUCAAGUGAGAUCAACUCCACCACCCGCGAGGCGGCGACCGGAGCUCUGCAGAACAUCACCGCGGGGGACAAGAGGUGGGCGUCCGUGCUGUCCCAGUGGUCUCUGGAGCAGCAGCGCAUGCUGCCCACCGUCAUCGACCGCCUGCGCACCGAGAACAACGCGGAGCUGCGCUCUGUCACGGGCUUCUUAAGGAACCUGUCCCGCCACGCCAGCGACAAGGACGACAUGGCCACGAAGACGGUGAGUCACCUGGUGGAGAAGUUGCCCGACGACGGAACCCAGAAGUACCCGUCCAGCGAGGUGGUGAUCAACAUCUGCGGCAUAUUUAACAACCUCGUGACCAGCAGCCAUAUGGCCGCCAGGGACAUCUGCUACUUCGACGGCAUCGGGAAGCUGAUGGGCAUCAAGAAAUCCCACGACUGCAGCACCGAGAAGCUCAAAGCGGCCAAGGCAGCCUCCACAGUCCUCGCCAACAUGUACAAUUACAAGAAGCUGCACAAAAAAUACCUGGAGAAAGGGUUUAAGAAAGAAGAUUUUGCAGACAAUAUGAUGUAAAGUGAAGGUAAAGUGGUACCCGGCUCGGUCUGGAUCUGCAAGACUUUGGUGCCGAACACAGUGGCCGCCAGCAGGAUCGGUGGAUCGAACGGGAUUAAGGACGGACUGUUGACGGUUGUCAUAAAAGCAUGAAUUUAGACGGCUCAGCAGCUGUAAAACUGCUGCUGGAUGGAAACUGGACACUGGUGGCGUCUCGCUGUUGCACCUUUGUUUUACUAAUGUGGCUAAGAUUAUUGAGUAAAUAUUUCUUACCUUUUACACUGAAAUUACAUUGAAUGUUUUAAAAUGCUGCAGUUGUUUGUAAUUCAUUUGCAUGAUUUUCCUUGUCAUAUUUGAAUAUAAAGCACAAAUUUAUAGAAAGAUGGAUGUAAAUAAGUGUGUUGGGGGAUAAUUUAUGCAUUUGACUUUCCUUUUUACAAAAUAUGUCAUAAAAAAAAACAAAAUACCUGUCAUUAGUAAUUGAUUGCGCUUUGUAGGAACUGGUGUGUAGAAAAAUGGCCAAAAGUAUAUCAAUUAAAAUCAAUCGUUUAGCAUUUAAGGUCUCCUGUACAACAAUGCUUCAGCCUCAAGCACCUUUGAGAUCUCAGUACAAAGAAAUACUUUAAAAUCUAUUUGUGUAUAACAGAUUUGUGUUUUUUGAAAAUAUGUAUUAAAAGUUGGAUUUUAAAAUGA